GGCGAUGAGACGUGGUGUUGAAGGGUCUGUAGAACUCUGGAACUACUUUUCCCGGCGCUCCCCGCGUCUCAGGCGGAAGCGAGGUGUGCUCCCCGCCAGCAGCAAGAUGCCUCGAGUCCCAUUCUUGCCAUAUUCCAUUCUACUGGGAAUUCUGGGAAUUGUGUGUGUGGGUUUCACAGUGUAUUGGAGCCAGCACUGGUUUGGUGGCUUUGCCUGGGAUGGUUCUUCUAAGAUGUUCAGUUGGCACCCAGUUCUCAUGGUGACGGGCAUGUUGGUCUUGUAUGGCACAGCGGCCCUGGUGUAUCGAAUACCCCGCUCUUGGGAGGGGUCCAAGUUCCCAUGGAAGCUUCUGCAUGCCGCGCUGACCUUGACAGCGUUUCUCAUGGUUGUCCUGGGACUGGUGGCUGUCUUUGAGUUUCACAACAAGAAGGGGAUCCCCAACAUGUACUCGCUACACAGUUGGCUGGGGCUAUCCGCUGUGUUACUCUUCUCCUGCCAGUGGCUAAUGGGGUUUGCAUCUUUCCUGUUGCCUUGGGCCCCUGGCUGGUUCCGAGCCCUCUACAAGCCCAUCCAUGUCUUCUUUGGCUCUGCCAUCCUCUGUUUGGUGAUGGCAGCCUGCAUCUCGGGCAUCAAUGAGAAGCUAUUCUUCAGACUAACAAAUGAAUCAACACCGUACUCCAAGCUUCCUGCGGAGGCUUGGUUUGCUAACUUCCUGGGGAUGCUGAUCCUGGUCUUUGGGCUGUUGGUGCUGUGGGCUCUUGCCACAACAGCAUGGAAACGUCCAGAUGUGGAUUCACAGGACACUCAAGAGCCUUUGCUACAGGAAGCCAGAUGAAGUGUUCUGAAGCAACUGUAGGAAGCUCCAAGAGGUGGUGUGAUGGCCACUUCUCCACUGAGAUGUGCGGCCUGGCUCACUGGUGUCUUCAGUAUGGGAAUUGGUGUCUUGUAUCAGUGCAGUAAGAGAUGCUCUUCUGGCGACAAGCGUGCUGGGUCUGUUCUUUUGGGUCUACGCGAUAGCUUUGCUUUUGCUGUCUUGAAAUGCUCCUGCCAAUGUGGGCUGCUGGGCAUUUAGCCACCUCUGAACAACCUAUGGCUUCCUGGGUGCUGUGUCAUUGUAAGAGAUUCCUGUAUUUGUGUGGUAUUGUGACACACUCGAAACUUAAAUUAUCGGCUAAAAUAAAUGAUUCUUUGUAA